AUGGAGUCGCCAUCGUCGCCACCGCGUGGCACGAAACGCAAAGCAAGUGAGAUGGCGCCUCCCCCCCGAAUCCGGGCGCUGCACCAAGAUGUCGUCAACAAGAUCGCAGCCGGCGAAAUCAUCGUCGCUCCUCAGCACGCCUUGAAGGAGCUCAUCGAGAAUGCAGUGGAUGCAGGCGCCACCAAUCUUCAGAUCGUCGUCAAGGAAGGCGGCCUGAAGCUGCUCCAGAUCACCGACAAUGGCUGUGGCAUCGACAAAGACGACUUGCCCAUUCUGUGCGAAAGAUUCACCACGUCCAAGCUGAAGGCGUUCGAAGAUUUGCAAGCAAUCGGCACCUACGGCUUCCGCGGUGAGGCUCUGGCCAGUAUCAGUCACAUUGCGCACCUUUCCGUGACCAGCAAGACCGCCGAAUCCAGCUGCGCAUACAAGGCGUGCUACAGCGGCGGCAAAUUGACCCCUCCUAAGCCUGGUGCAAGUGCAGACCCCCAGCCAUGUGCCGGCAAGCAGGGCACGACCAUCACCGUGGAGGAUCUGUUCUACAACGUGCCGACCAGACGUCGUGCCUUCCGCUCCCCGAGCGAGGAGUACGCCAGGAUAGCAGAAGUCGUCGGCAAGUAUGCAGUCCAUUGUGAAAGAGUCGCCUUCUCUUGCAAGAAACACGGCGAAUCCGGUGCAAGCAUUUCUGUGCAAGAGAAUGCCAAUAUUCGCGACCGCAUUCGCAUCACCAACAACAGCGCAGUGGCCAACGACCUCAUCGAGUUCCAGAUCAAGAACGACCAGUACGGCUUUCAGGCCGACGGUCUCGUCAGCAAUGCCAACCACAGCGCAAAGCGGACGACCAUGCUGCUCUUCAUCAAUCACCGAGCAGUCGACUCAUCUGCCAUCAAGAAGGGCAUCGAGCAGACAUACGCCGCGUUCCUGCCAAAGGGCGGCAAGCCUUUUCUCUAUCUGAGUCUCGAGAUCGAUCCUGCUCGCGUCGACGUCAAUGUCCAUCCCACGAAACGUGAGGUCAAUUUCCUCAACGAAGAGGAGAUCGUCGAGCUCGUUUGCGAAGAAAUCCGGACGCUGCUUGGAAAGGUCGACACCAGUAGGACAUUCAUGACGCAGAGCCUCUUGGGCGCGGCAACAACGCCAAGCCUCCCGAAGCCAUCAACCAAGCCUCCAGACGGCACGUCGCCGUCGGCGUCGAUCAUGCAACGCCCGUCUCCCGCACAAGCGGCAGGCAAGAAGCCGUAUGAAAACAAUCUCGUUCGGACUGACGCGAAGUCGAGAAAGAUCACCGCAAUGCUACCACAAGCGCAACGCGCAUCGUCACCAUCUCGCAAGGCAGGCUCUGACGGCAUGGAAUACGAGUAUACGGACAAGGAGGCAAUCGUCUGCCGCCUGAAUUCUGUCAAGGAGCUGCGGGCCUCGGUGCGAGAAGACAUGCAUAACGAUCUGACUGACACGUUCGCUAACCACACAUUUGUUGGCAUCGUGGAUGCAAGUAAGCGCAUAGCUGCCAUCCAGGGCGGGGUGCGCGUGCUUCUGGUGGACUACGGACUGGUAUCCGCGGAAUACUUUUACCAGCUCGGACUGACUGACUUUUCCAAUUUCGGCUCUCUGAGCUUCCAGCCGCCGCUGCGUCUGGCAGAGUUGCUCAACAUCGCCGUUGCUCAAAGCAAGGCCAUGGAACCGGACGAUGUGGCAGUGGACUGGGACAGCAUCGUACCCGCGGUAGUGGAGCAGUUGACGUGUCGAAAAGACAUGCUCUCGGAGUACUUUGCAUUGAGCGUUUCGGCAGAAGGUGAGCUGCUUAGCAUUCCAUUGCUGGUCAAGGGCUACACGCCCUCGAUGGCCAAGCUUCCCAACUUCCUUCUUCGGCUUGGACCUCACGUCGACUGGACAAACGAGAAAGCCUGUUUCGAGAGCUUUCUGCGCGAACUCGCAAGCUUCUACGCGCCCGAGGCGCUCCCACCGCCGUCUGAUGACGAGGACGAGGAACUGUGUGAGCGAAGACAACAUGUGCAGCGCGCUGUUGAAAACGUACUGUUCCCCGCGUUCAAGUCCCGACUGGUGGCCACGACGGGCCUGCUCCAAGGCACGAUGGAAGUGUCCAACCUCAAGCGCCUCUACCGCGUGUUCGAGCGAUGCUAA